CUUCUCACGCAGCUUGUGGAAUGGUUGAGAAGUACGCGAAUAAUGCCCAUUUAGCCUUUUUGGAGAAGGCGGUAUUGGGCUGGAAGGCUCAAACACACCGAGCGUGAUGUCAUGUGCUGAGACCCGUGUAACUGGACAGGGAACAUUUCUCUCGAGCCUACUUAAAUCUACCGGCCACUUGCACUUGAAGCGAUAGUUCCUCGUAUUCCUGACAGGAGGGAUUCCGCACAGAAGCGUAGUCAUGGCAGGAAUGUUUGCCUACGAGAGCUCGGAGGUGGACUGGUGCGAGGACAACUACAAGCACUCAGAAAACGUGGUGGAAUAUUUUAACACGAUGAGCAGCUUCGUCUUCUUCGUGGUCUCCCCCAUCAUGCUCUACCUGUUCCACCCCUACGCCCGGGAGCGGAACCUGGCCGUGCACCUGGUCUGGCUCCUGAUGAUAUUUGUGGGUCUGUUCUCCAUGUACUUCCACAUGACGCUGAGCUACAUGGGGCAGAUGCUGGAUGAGAUCUCCAUCCUGUGGGUGCUGGCCAUUGGCUAUGCCCUCUGGUUCCCACGGAGACAUUUUCCCUUCUUCGUCAAGGACAGGACGACCUUCUCCAGGAUGGUCCUUGCCAUCACCGUGGUUACCACCCUGUCUUCCUUCAUCAGGCCCACCGCCAACGCCUACGCCCUCAACUGCUUCGCCCUUCACAUCCUGUACUCCCUGGGCCUAGAGAUGCGCAGCUGCACGGACCAGCGGGCCCUGCGUCUGGCCCAGGCCUCGGUGGGCCUGUGGGUGCUGGCCAUCUCCUGCUGGAUCAGCGACCGAUUCGGCUGCAGCGUCUGGCAGAAACUCAACUUCUGCUACCUGCACGGGAUCUGGCACAUCCUGAUCGUGGUGGCCACGGCUUACGGCAGCACCCUGGUGGCCUACCUGGACGCCAGCUAUGAGAUCCCUCACUCUCUGCCCAGCCUGCAGUACUGGCCCCGGGACGACUGGGCCCUGGGCCUGCCGUACAUCGCCCUCAGGGGCACCACAAAGACCCGGAAGGGGUGUUAAAAAGGCCCGGAAGGGGUGUUAAAAAGGCCCGGUGCGCUUGUCACUGCCGGGACAGUGAAUUAAGGCUUUUAUGAGGACACACUUUUUUUUCUUCUUGAUACUCAGUUCAGGGGUUUUCAUUUAUACUACGUAUAAUUCAUGUUUUUUUUUUGGUCUUUUUUUGUUUAGGUCGUUUGAAAAUUAGAGAUGUGCUGACUGAUCAGUUUACAUUCCGUAGCAUGUCAUCCCGUUGUGUGUGUGUGUGUGUGUCUGUGUGUGUGCCUGUAAUUUCUUAUGUUAUUCAAAGACCAGAGAAUGUUUUCAAAAUUUGUGGAUAUUUUUGAAUUUUUAAAAAUAUAUGCGCAAUUCCGUUUUCUACUGGUUGUUUAAAACUUUUUACAUUUUUUUACUGGGGUUUUUGUAGCGUUUUUCAGAAUGAUGUGCAAUGCUAUGAUUUAAGUGAAGAAGUCUUGUUUAAAAAGAAGUCUUGUUCAUUUUGCUUGAAGUGUACUUUGAUGAACACUGGAUCAAUGAAUUAAUGCCUUGAAUUUUGUGUGAAAGAAGUUUGAAUUGUUUGUGUCUGCUCACAAAUGAAGCCAGGUGGCUGUUUUGUCGAUCCAGACUCAUGGUGCAAUGGUGCGAUUCGAGUGCAUUACCUCAGAUAAAGUCACAGGUGCUUAUUUCAAAACCAACACAAUAUCUCUUUCACAGAAGUGCCAGUUGUGUGGUUGUGCUGGGAGCAUUUACCCCAUUUAAGUGAUUUAAAAACAAACAUUGCCUCGUCGCACAGCUCUCACACAGAUCUGGAUUUUUCAAAUAAACCAUGCAACGAUUAUUCAAUAUAGCACAGUUGUAUUUUUUUUAUUUAUUUUUUUAUUUCGUCACAAGUUUGAACUGUAAAAACACAGCCCAGAGACUUUACAGCUGAGCCCUGUUUUGUGUGGCCGAUAUCGAUGACCACUCGUUCUGUAAUUAUCGGUUAAAAGAUACUGAGGGUAAAUUGAGGGAAUUCAACCUCCUGGCUGAAAAAUAGGAACUGUUUUCUUUCAAUGAAACGGACAAUGUAUACCACUUUGGGACUCAGGGCUGUGGACAUUUGAAUGGCCGAUGAAAUUAUUUUGCACAUUUUGAAAGCAAACAAAUGCACAGCAUAAGCAGGCAGUUAAAAGCAGCACGAAGUGAAUCCUGUAUUUUAGGGGUCUCGUGUGCGUUCACGUUUAUCCUACAAUAUAUGUCUUAAAAAUGUUUUGUGUGUUGGUACUCCUGGAGCGCGUGUGAAUGUGAUCAAAUUUUCUCAGGUGUUUCAGGGAGCAAAUGUUGCCAGUGCACUUCAAGCAAAAUACGCUGUUGUCACA